UGAUAACAUGACCUGUAUGACCAUAGAAAAUAUAUUAUGCCGACAUGUAGGCCCUACAUGUAUUUACGCUUAUAAGAUGACAUCAAGUUUUGGUAAAUUGAAUGGCCCUUGAAGACAUAGAAAAAGAAUUGUUGAAGAUAUUCUUCAAAGACAAGAUAGUUGAUGAGGAUGGGUAUGUGAUCGGUGUGAAGAAGAACGCUCUUCAAAUCUUCAUUCCAAAGUUUGGAUUAGAGGGCACACUCUACGUUCAACAAAAUGAGGAUGGAGUCAAGACUAGUCCUUUCACAUAUGAUGAUGAGGAACCAAGUCAGAAUGCGGGUGAUGUAAAGCUGCGAGCCUUUGAUUAUGUCAAAGUUCAAAUCAGCAUGCAAGCAACUAGUAUACAACACCAGAAGCUGAGGUUACAAUUGGUCCAUCCGGAGGUUCCAGGGUUUAGUGUUCCUGCAGUCGAGGAAACACAAGGAGAGAACACAGACAAACAGGAUGAACCUCCCGCAAAGAAAGCAAGAACCAAGUCCAAGUAAAACCAAUACCCCACAUCCUGGUUUACAUUUUUAAACAAUGAUCGGAGGAAGUUCUCACAAUGUUCCUUUAAGGGUAGUUUGCACCCUUCCCAUUGUUAGUGGAAACGCGCUUAAUUAGUCUGAAGUUUCAAAUUAUCGAGACUGAGCAUGGAUUGUGUAGUUCAGCUCCUCCUCCUCCUCCUCCAAGCAAGAACUUGUGCUAGACUUGUCCCAUCAUGGACCUACUACAAUCAGGAUCUGUGUAUCCAGGUUUCCGGGGAGGGGGGGGGGGGUGCUUUGCACAUGGCAUUGAAUGGCUGUACACAUGCAUCCCCCACAAUGAGCAUGUUUUACUGAUGAAAUACAUGGCAUAGUGCACAUUUAGGGUGAUAAACGAAUGUAAGAACCUUUGCCUAGACAUCUUUUGAAGAAAAGUAGAGAACUCUCAAAUGGGAUGUAAAUUCAGAUGUUUUGAUUGUCCAUGAUGCAAUAGUACACAGGGAAUUGUAUUACCAACAGAUAAACCAUACGUUAGAUUAGGUUGACUUGAAAAACCCUCAUCACAAAUGUACGUAAUCACUUGCGUACCGACUGCCCCCCCCCCAUGUAAGUUUCUUUAUACUUUAUAAUGGUCAAGAUUGUCAAAUCUUCAGUUAACAUCCUUUUUAUCACAUUUUCUCCUUUUUAAAUUGAAUUCUUUUAAGAUUGUAGUUUUAUUUCUAUAACCAUUUAAUUAUCAAUUAUCCCGUAUCAAUGACAGUAAAUUUUGUGAAAAUCUUUAUUUAUACGUGAUCUGAUUUUAAUAUGCAUUUUCCUUUUAAAUCUCAAUUUUAAUCUCUGGAUUUUAAAGAACAUCACAACAAACCAUUUUUGGUAAACUCUGUACAAUUUUUACCUU